UCAGCCCCGCGCAGCCGAUUCCCGAUGCGGCCGGGCUGAGGUAAAAGAUGGCUCUGUCGCGGGGGCUGCGGUGCUGUCAGCGGGCGUUCGCCUGGCUGCCCGUCCUCAUCAUCGCCCUCGUCGUCCUCUGGUCCUACUACGCCUACGUCUGCGAGCUGUGUCUGGUGACUCUGAGCAACCCUGUGGAAAAAGUGGCCUAUCUUACAAUAUUCCACAUUCUCUUUGUGCUCUUUGUGUGGACAUACUGGAAGUCUAUUUUCACUCUCCCGGUGCAGCCAGGCAAAAAGUACCAUAUGUCCUAUGCCGACAAAGAACGCUAUGAAAACGAAGAAAGGCCAGAGGUGCAGAGGCAAAUUCUUGCCGAAAUUGCAAGGAAGUUGCCGGUGUACACGAGGACGGGGAAUGGAGGUAUUCGAUUCUGUGAUAGAUGCCAGCUAAUUAAACCUGAUCGUUGUCACCAUUGUACCGUUUGUGCUAUAUGCGUGCUAAAAAUGGAUCAUCACUGUCCAUGGGUGAAUAACUGCAUUGGAUUUUCUAACUACAAAUUCUUUCUACUGUUCUUAGCCUAUUCUUUGUUGUAUUGCUUGUAUAUUGCUGCAACAGUCUUCAAGUAUUUCAUUAAGUAUUGGACAGGUGAAUUGACGAAUGGACGUUCCAAAUUUCAUGUCCUUUUCCUUCUCUUUGUGGCGGUCAUGUUCUUCGUAAGCCUUAUGUUUCUGUUUGGCUACCAUUGUUGGCUCGUUAGUAGAAACAGAUCUACUUUAGAGGCUUUCUCAGCUCCAGUGUUUCAGAAUGGCCCAGAUAAAAAUGGAUUCAAUCUUGGCUUUGUAAAGAAUCUUCAGCAAGUGUUUGGAGAAGAAAAAAAGCUCUGGUUACUACCUAUUGCCUCUAGCCAGGGCGAUGGACAUUUUUUCCCAAUGAGAGCUUUGUGUGAGGCUCAGAAUCCUCUCCUAGCAAAUGAAGAGCAGUGGGAAGAUGAUGGAAUAGAUGAAGAGCCUCAUGAUUCUGGUGAAGCUUCAUCCCUUGCCAUAGAAAGGGAGACAUAGCAGUUUGAAAAUGCAGCGGUAUAAAGCUUGUUCAGAAAGUUUUCCUCUCAGGAGUCAACACCCCUUCUCUUGGCAUGGACUUCAGCUUUGGGGGGCAGAAAACAAGAGGAUCUUCAACAUGAGAAAACAUCAUGAAGUAUUGUCUGAUUGGAAUCUGCAUUCUAGAGUGCUUCUCCAGAAAUCCUGCUAUCCAGAUGUUUCAAGGCUUUAUAAGUUUAAGUUACAGAGUGAACAGAACAGUUUUAUAGAGUGAUUCUGGCCAAUCUUCUUUGGCCUGCUCUCUUUAUUUUAUAAAUAAUAUAUAUUUUUUAUUCAAAAUAGGUAAAAAUAUUGAUGCGAGCGCAUUUCCAAAGGCCUUUUCAUUUUGCAAACAUCAGGGACUUGAGUUCUUGAAAUUCUUCCAAGCCAUAAUAUUCUUGGGGAUGGUAUUUAUUUUCAGACUGAUUCUCCACCCUUCUCUGACAAGUGGCAUUUUCUAACGUGUUUAAAGUUCUGUCUGAGUCGGUGCAACUCGAUGAGAGACAGACCCACUUAAAUUUGGCACUAAAUCGAUAGUUGGAUGCAAGUGUGUUGAAAGAAAAAGUGCUGAACAUGCAUAUAUACAUGUGCAGCUGUAUGUGAAAAUAAAAUAUUCACAUUGCCAGUAUCAAGAUUCAAGAAUAUUGUGGCCAUAGAUUUUUGUAAAAAUUUUUUUAGGAUGGUGUAAUUGUCUUAGAGUUUUAGUGCCCUUUAAGCCCAAUCCUACUUGCAGGCACCUAAAAUGCAAAAGGGAACUUUAGACAGUUUGCAUUAAUUCGUAGGGCUAAAGUAUCAACUCAUUCCUGGAUCAGUGUUUGAUGGAAGUUUGUGUGUUUAUGGAGUCAGGAAGGAAGAUGUAAAUUCAAAACACGAGUUGGAAAUGUGCACUGAAAGUUUAGCUCCAACAGUAGCGUUUGGAGUUUACGCUCCACAAAGGUGGUUUUAGUCCCAUAAUGCUGAAGAGACAAUUGACGUAUUGAAUUUUUUCAAACUUCUUCCUAAGUAAAUGUAUUGACUGGUGGUUUAAAGGUUUUUCAGCACAAAGAGGUGAUCAGAUUUUUUCUUCAUUUUGCUCCAUUUGCAGUCAAAGGAAUGUAUCGCUGUUUUUAUUCUGUGGAAUGGAACUGAGAAUUUGCUGGCAGGAUUAUAUGCAUUUUUCUAGACCUGAGUCUUUUUUUUAUCUGCAUGGUUCAGACCUGGCAACUCCAUCACUCAUGUUUGAAUUAGGUGCAUGCUUAAAGUAUUAGUAUACUGCCUUUAAGAUCAUUUGUUACCAUUUUCUAUCCCGUUUUUGUGUUUGUUUAUCAGCCCACUUGUGUUGACAGUGACUACAGAAGCAGUUGUGCAUGUCAUGAGAAAUUACCUGAUAAGUAUCUGUUUGGUGACAAAGGCCUUGCCUACAUACUAAAUCCUUUUUUCCCUCUGUUUACUCUGCUGCUGCUACCAGUGGAAGUGUGUUUGUGAGACAGAAGAGAGUCUCUCAGAGAUUUUCUGUCUAUAAGAGCAGAUGUUUAACUACCUGGUACAAACUGUGCCCUGCCAACAGAUAUUUUAUACAUCAGCCUCUGUAGUUGGAUGUCGAGCAGGCAGUGACCUCUGUAGAAUGUCUUACUGCUGAAGUUUAGUCGUUAGGACUCAGGGUGGGCUCUCCCAGGCUUAGCGGAGGUUACCCUCUCUUCUCCUCAGGGCGGUACUGGACACAGUGAAUGGUCCUGCUUCAACCACUUCAACCACUUCAACCACGUCUGCUGGGGGGGUUCUGUCCUCAAACCGUUGUCGAGUGCUGAACCUAUUUUUCCUAUCAAUCUAAACCUGCAUUCCUAAUGUAAAUCUUGUGGUGGGCCUUAAGCUGUGUUUGAUGAAAGAUGGCAGUAGAAUUAAUCACCUAAUUUCUGGCAAAAUCUGUUCUGGAGGGGGAUCUUGAGAGGAAGAUGGCAGCUAAACACAAUAGGAAAUGUAUAGGAAUUUAGCACCAACAGAGGUGCUAUUGGUGCCUUUUGAAACUCUAAAUUCCUUGUAUAUAAAAACAGGAGGAUGAUUUGGUGACUUUCUGUUUCAUUCUGUCAGCUGAAGAGAGGAUACCUGUUAAGACAGGAGUAUCAGAGCUGUGUCUGAAGCCGUGUGGAUUUACAGUUUUCUGAGCAGGUUCUUGUAUCCUUUCUGGAUUUGGUUCUGUUUCCAGCCAUGUCAUCCUUCCAGUGUCGUUUCUCUGCCAAGCAGCAGCAGCAGCAGAAGAGCUGCCUACAAGAUCUGCAGGCAGGAUCCCUGCCUGCUGUCCAGCUGCAGCACUGUUCGUUAGGUAGAUAUUGUCUUCUAAUUAUUACUAAAACAGAUAUCUUUACGAUAACGCAGCUAUCCAGCUCAGGUUUAGAAACAGCUUUUAAAGGCUCUUAUUCAGUAACUUUUCCUGUAAUUAGGUAUGGUGAUUUUUCCCUUUCCUUAAAAGCAGCUCAGCCUCACUUGGUUAUAACAAACUCUUGUCCAGGUGGAAACAAUAAAUAGUCUGAUAGCUUCGGAAGCACUUCAAAUCAAUAUUCACAUGUCAUAUUUUUGAAAGCUUCAGAAUGAAACGUGAAAGAAAUACAAAAGCUGUGUAAAAAUGAGGCAGAACAAAAUGUGGAAAAACCCCGUGUCUGAGUGACUGAACAAGCUCCAUUUUGUUCUCCUCUGCUUACUUAAGGGAGAUAUCCUUACGCUACGCCUGUAUUGGUACCGUUCAUGCUGCAUUCCAGUGCCACGGAAUAGUCGGGCAGGUUCCUCUGCGUCCCAGGAUUAAAGCUGAGUGCAGAAAGCUGCAGUGGAAGGUGGGUGUCCAGGAGUACGGCAUCCGUGCGGCGUUUGCUGAAGACUUCAUGUGCCCGAGUUCUUCAAGGCAGCAUGUAAAUGAACAGUCAGAUCCCUCUGGGGAAACUUAGUGUUUCUCAAAAUACUGCUGCUGAGACCUUUUUGCUCAGUGCAUUAUUGCAGCUGAUGCCACAAACAUAAUUGCAGAUGGCCUACUAAGGAGGAUACAGCUUUUCCAGUUAGUAUUUUUGGCCUUUAAAAAGGCUGUUAACUAGAGAGCUGGGCAGCGUAAAAGCAGUAAUUUGAGUGCACACACUGCUACCUGUGGUUUUAAAGCUGGGCUGCUAUUUACUUUUUAAGUUGACUUUUUUUCCUUAGCUUCUGAAAGAAAGUUGCAUACAAAGAACGUGAUAAAUGCAGGAUGUGUAAAGUUCUGUCAAAUACGCUAGGUAAAUGCACUGGAAAACAGAAAUUCCUCAGGCUGGCUGUAGUCACUGCUGCAGGUAACGAAAGAGAUGAAGUAUUCAGCUGAGUGUGUGGUAGAUUUUUUUAACAUGCGAAUAGCUCUUUAAGGCGUACACCCACUAAAUCUCCUUUGUUUUCCACCUCCCUAAUCUUCACCCAGAGGCUCUCCACCACAUCAUCACAAAUUCUAAGGGCUCUGCAAUCAAACCGCUCCCUUACAUCCAGUGUGACACCCCCACCUCGCCUGUCCCGGUGCCCCUCCCCAACAGCCUGUAGCCCUCCAUCCCAGGGACUCCUUCCACCAAGUCUCACCAACACCAGUGAUACCAUAGCUCUGGGAGCUGACAAAUGCUUCCAGUUCCUCCCAUUUUGUUUCUCAUACCGCCUGCAUUGGUGCACAAGCGUUUCAGAUAUGCUCCUGAGCCUGCCGUGCGGCCAGGAGCCGUGUAAAUGUUCCCACUAGGAUUGCCACCUCAUGACAUUUACUGUCAGUCUCUACCUAGUUAGGUGCUGUAAAUCCAGCUGCACCCAAAAAAUUCAGUAAACUCCUAAGGCUUGAAUUUCAGUUCUGAUGCUGGUGUAAGUUGUGUGACUGCAGUGCUCGUUAAGCUGUUGACCUGCAGCCUGGUGCAGCGUGGAAGCAGCAAGGCAACUGUCUCAACCCCAUCCAGGGGUCUGUUUUCUCUGGCUUAGCAUCAGAUCUAUGCUACAGAAUAAAGCAGAAAAGAAGUGGUUUUCAGGUCAGGGUCAGAAACAGCUUUUGUCCUUAGCGCAUCUCAUACUGCCAGUAGAGCCCGAGGUGUAGAAGCACCUGUAUUUGGAGAAAAAGGUUUUGUUGGCUUAGCUUAAUGUAGCCAAGGGAGGUGGAUCUGACCGCCGGCGAGAGAGCGCUCUUCCCACGGCCACGAGGCUGCUCUGCAGCGCAGACCAGGCCUCCCACUGCCAGCCGUGGUGCCAGUUACUGUCGGGGUUAUUUCGAUGAGACCGUGGAAGCUGGAAUAGGACCACCAGAUGCUGUCUGUAAUUCUACCAACAGUCAUCAGGUAGUAAUAUAUAUGGCUUGAGUGACAACCAGCGUUGCAGGUGUCAGAGACUCACUGGGAGCAUCUGAAAGUGUGGAGCACAACCAUGGUUUUGUUAGCUUAAAUCAGGGCACAGAAGCGUGAGAGUUCAACCCCAGUACAGCAUGUUCUACCUUGCCUUUGGCCCGUUUGUUGUUUGCGUUUCAGCGUUUUACAAAUGCAUUUCACGUCCUUCAUGAGAGCGAGGACUUUCUCAGCUACAAGUGACUUGUCCAAGUGGAUGUCACUGUGCGAAAGAACGAACGAACGCUCUUGCUGGAUUUUACUGUGAUACCUGCCACUGUCUCCUCCCCGUACUCCUAGAUUAAUGCUCCAAAAUAACUAACAGCCACCUCCUCGCCUCUCCCCCUUCUCUCCCACUGACAUUCAGGUACACUGUACUCUUUUUAAAAAAAAAAAAAAAAAAAAAUAGAGAAAACAUCAUAUUGAUGUUUCUAUGGAUAGUAUUGUGGGAAGUCCUCUCCUUGGCCAGUGAGUCCUGCCCAAGGAAUUAGGAUUUCUGUAAGCCUCAGUGCACUGCAAUUUUGUCUCUUGCUGAAUUGCUACAGUAUGUUUUUGCAGCAGAAUAAGAUUGUAUUCCUUUGAACCGGAAGCAGAACUGUAUGUUUUUAGUAGGCUGUACCUAGCGCACGUAGUGUACUGUCAUUGAGAAGAACCGGGAAGCUUCCUAACAGCACUACAGCAAUGAAUGUUUACUUCCUGGAACAAACCAGAAAUGUGAUUCAGCAAAAUCUAUACUAGCUGUAGUUUUUUAGUUCUCUGUGCUGGUGUGGACUGAAAGCACAACUUAAGUCUUAGUUACCAAACGUGACGCGUAAAGUCUGUAACAUAAUAUGAAUGUAAAGUGUCGGGGGAGAAAAAAAAAAAGGAUUUACCUUUUCUUCCCCGACGUUGCAUAUAAAGAAUGAUGUGCUAAGAUGUAUUCAGGGACCUGCUGCCUCCCACGUAGUCAUUACGCCCGCAGAACAGAUUUACUGUUUGCAUAGCUGCUCAUUCACGGAGUGUCAAAUUAGCAGGCUAAGGAGGUACUGUUGACCUUGUUUAUUAAGCCAGAAUUAAUUAACUCAAAGGGUCACAUUUUCAUUUCAGUGACUCCUGUGGUACAGAUUUUUGAAAUUGAUCCAUAGUACUUGAAAAUACCUUGAUUUUAUUGCUAUUUUUCCAAUUCUAUCAGCUUCUGUUUUGUUACAGAACACUUGCAAAAUUAAACUCAUUCUGAAACUAUCAGUUAAAGCAUUUGCAUGGUAGAGUGGCUUUUUUCAUGAAAAGUAAUGGUCUGUCAAACAGCUUGGCAGCAACAAGCAUGGCAAGGUUGCGGCAUCACCAUGUACUCUUCCUGCUUAAUGCUUUAUUUCCUUUUCUGGUAAUUAACAUUGAGAUCAUACCCACUGUUAUGCAGUUUUAUUCUUCUUGUCCUUUUUCCAUCUCCCUUUGAGUGUGAGUCCUUCCUCUUCCUCCUGAAUAUAUAGUUGAAAUAUUAUCAGCUUUCAGCUGUUUGUACCGUUUUUUUGAAUACUAUGAAGGUGAGUAAGUGUCAUUUUAAGCAGUUGUGCCACGUUAUUUUAUUUGUAACUGAUCUUAAUGUUUGUCAGGUAUUGGUUUGUGAUUCUCAUCAUUCAGGCUCAGCUUGCUUUGCUCAGAGCAGUGGGAUCCAACUUCCUGCAUCGCUUUUCUGUCUUUCCUAAAAAUCUUACUUCUUCAUUUUCUAGCUUCAGUUUGGAAUGUAAACCUUGUGAAAUAAAAUUUAAGUUUACAUUUCAAAUAUGAGCCUGUAAGUUGGUUAUGCUUUCAUGCUGCUUAAAAUAUUUAUUUUCUGUAUGAAGUUUUAAGAUUUACAGCAGCAUUUGUAAAACUUUAGUGGCUAACAGCCACUGUUAAAAAAAACUAGAAGAGUUAUGUUAAGGAGUAAAAAAAAAAAAAACCACCACCCAAAAAACCCAACAAAAAUGACAAAGGGAUUAUCUUUGCUUAAGAAGAAAUGCCUGCUUGCAUCAAAUACUAGUAUCAAACAGCUCAUACAACACGUGGGUAUUUUACCUGAAGGCAUUCCUGUUCUUUCAGUACUUGUUAGACUUGAACUUUUCUUGAGCUAAACCUUGGGCUAAAUCCCACAGGAAGCCUGGAAACAAAUGAACAAAAUGUCCUCCCUAUCUCCUUUCUAAACUGGGGAAGGUGUGUGCUGCUCCUCCCCGGACCAGCACUUCCUUUCGUAAGAGAAAUGAAAAUCCAGUGGAUUCUUCAAAGUGUUGGUGUAUUUUUUACUUUUUUCCCUGCCUUUUUCUGGAGGAUGCAGGAGCCUCCAGGAUGUGUAGGAGAAAGAAAUUCCUUAUAUCAGCAUCUGGUACCCUGGUGAUGUAAUGAACCGCCUGGGCUGGUGCAGAGGUGGCCUACCCUGAGGAGGAGGUACGAUUUUUGUGACUAAGAGCUUGUGUGAGGAGGUAGGUGGAACCUGUUGUGCCCUUCUGAAUUAACUCCACGUGUGGGCAUUCUUCUGCAGUAAUUACAUGAGCGUGUAGCUUCCUGCUGUACUCACCAACAGUCUAAGCAGGAGCUAUUCCAGAGUAAUUCCAAAUUGCUUUGUUGGAGUAGGAAAUUUCUAACUGCUUCUAUAAAAUAGAAAAGGUCGUGUUAUUUUAUAAAUUAUUCUAUCUGUCCAGCUGUUUUCCAUCUGAAAGUAACUCACGUAUGUUUGCUGUGAAAAUAGGUCCCUCAAAGAUAAAACCUAAUUAAACCUCAGGAUCAGGUAACUGCAGAGCUAUCUGUAUGUUAGCAUUCAGCAUUGGAAGGAGUUUUUUUACCUUGCUUCAAAGUAAAGCGAGUGGGUUUCACUCACUGGUGUACUGUCCAGGCAGGAAAACUUGGGUGGAGCAGAACAUUUAACUGCAAGAGCUGUGCUGGGCUCGGAAAGCUCCGUUCAGGAACCAAUACGCUACCUCUUCGACUGGGUCAGAAUUCCCUUCACUAUAAACCACCGCAGUGCAACGCCCUUUUCCUAUCAAGGAAGACUGGCUUGGUGGGCUCUGCGCCAGUAACUGCUAAAUCACUGGAAAUAGUAAAAUAAAUUUCAUUGUAUCAAUUGGUGAUUAGGUUCAGCUGCUCUUUAGAUAACCGAUAUGGCCUGCUGUGGGUAAGUAUCUUACAUACAAUCAACACUGUUCAGCUAAGGACGUGCCACUUGGAGCCACGUUGUUCAAUACUGAUUCCUCACCACUUAAUUUAAUAGGAAGGUCACAAACGGUCUGCUGACAACAUUUGGGAUAUUUAGUCGGGUUUAAUGCUGCUGCUAGCGUUGAGACUUUUGAUAUCAAAUGGAUUUUUACAAAAGCUUUGGAUACUCGUUUUUACUGUCCAACAAACAUUCUGACUUUGUUAUGAAUGCUUUGUGUACGUUUCACUAGCAUUUUCCAAGUGUUUGUAUGGUUUCUACAGCUGAAUAUCCUGUAUGUUCUGCUUCUAUCGUUUUCUAUUAUGAUUUAUACCAGAAAGCCUGCACGGUUUAUACUGUACUGCAGGCAAGGACUGCAUUAAAACCAUUUUUGGCUAAUUUA